AGCCUCCAGUGUUUCUUACAGUGCUGUUAGCAGCAGUCACAAUGUUCCCCAGGGUGAUUUUAAAGGCAACUAUGAUUAAAAAAUCUCAGCAAAAGAAGAGAACAUCACCUUGUAACUAUAAGGAGAGGUUUUUUGUAUUGGACACCCAAGAGCUGAAGUAUUCUGAGCGUCGUCCUGGGAGAAAACCCAUGGUGAAAGGUUGCAUCAAUCUGAACUCAAUCAAGUGUGCGGAGAUCGUAUGUACUGAUGUCCCUAUUCCAUGCAGCUUUAAGUACCCUUUCCAGGUUUUUCAUGACAAACACUAUCUCUACAUUUUUGCUCCUGAUAAUGAUUGUCGUGUGAGAUGGGUCAGAGCCCUUAAAGAGGAGACAAAGCAUAACGACCUAGUGGCCAAAUAUCACCCAAAUUUCUGGAUGGAUGGAAAAUGGAGAUGUUGCCAACAAACAGAGAGGUUGGCGACGGGUUGUCAAGUGUACGACCCGCUGGGUUGUGCCUCUAAAAAGCCUCUUCCUCUCCUUCCAGACCCAGAGAUGGAGCAGCAUGAUGAAGGACAAAGGAUUGUCAUUGCUCUACAAGAUUACACACCGCUUAGAGAUGAUGACUUGCCUCUUCAGAAGGACCAGGAGUACAUCCUGAUAAACAGUUUGCACUCUGACUGGUGGGCUGUUGUGGAUAACAGGGGGAACAAAGGUUUCGUACCCAGUACUUCUGUAGCCAUAAAAUCUGGAAACAACUUUGAGCGAUUUGAAUGGUACAACAAAAACAUAACCAGAGGGGAAGCAGAGGAUUUGUUAAUGAAAGAGGGAAAAGAAGGCGCAUUCAUGGUGCGGGAUUCAAGGCAAGCAGGAGUCUACACAGUGUCUGUCUUCACCAAGGCACCAGGGUCAAAUGGGGAGAAGAAUCCAAGGGUGAAACAUUACCAAAUCAAACAGACAGAAACAGGAGGGGCCACAUAUUACUUGGCAGAGAAAUACCUGUUCAGCACCAUUCCUGAGCUCAUCCAUUACCACCAACACAAUGCUGCAGGAUUGAUAACCCGUUUGAGACACCCUGUUUCUCUAGACAGAGGCUGCUCCCAGGACAUCGCUGAUCCCUUAAAAGAUUACUGGGAAGUGGCCCCUGAGGAGCUGACUCUGGGUCGAGAGUUAGGCAGUGGACAGUUCGGCCUGGUGCUGGAGGGUAGAUGGAGGGAGAUGAAGGUGGCGGUGAAGAUGGUUCGAGAAGAGGGCAUGUCAGAUGAGGACUUUAAAGAGGAGGCAAGAAUCAUGACGAAGCUUUCCCAUUGUAAACUCGUCCAGCUGUAUGGUGUCUGCACCCGGUGGUCCCCGAUGUGUCUGGUGUUUGAGUUCAUGGAGAAGGGCUGUCUGUCAGACUACCUGCGAGCCAAAAAAGGCCGUCUGUCUCAGGAAUCCAUGUUGCAGAUGUGUCUGGAUGUCAGUGAAGGGAUGGCCUACCUGGAGAGCUCUAACUUCAUCCACAGAGAUCUGGCGGCCAGGAACUGUCUUGUUUCAAAGAACAAUGAGGUGAAGGUGUCAGACUUUGGUAUGACGAGAUUUGUCCUGGAUGAUCAGUACACAAGCUCUCAGUGCUCCAAGUUCCCCGUCAAGUGGUCGGCCCCAGAGGUCAUCAAAUACUGCAAGUUCAGCAGCAAGUCAGACGUCUGGUCAUUUGGGGUGCUGAUGUGGGAGGUUUUCACAGAGGGCCGACUUCCUUACGAGAACCGCACUAACAGUGAAGUGGUCGCCUCCCUGAACUCUGGCCUGAGGCUCCUGAAGCCUCGCCUGGCCCCUGAUCCUGUCCACCAGCUCAUGGAGUGGUGCUGGAACGAGAAACCGGAAGAUCGCCCCUCCUUUGCUCUCCUCCUGCAGAACCUGUCCUCCCUGUCAAACAUGUGAACCAAGAAGACAUUUACAGUUGACAACAAUUAAGCAGUUAUAUUUAUUUUAUUUAUUGAUGCUUUCCACCAAUUGCUCAUCAGAUGUUUUAUAUUUUUGAAUAAUAUGCUCAGAUUAAUUUGCACUUUAUCCAUUUUAUACCUUGGUACUUUGUCUGUUUUCUAAAGUCUCACACAGUCCAUUCACUGAGAAUCUUCUGCUCUCUGCGAGCAUGUUGAUUAAAAUAUUCAGUGACAUUUUUGUAUUUAUAU